CUAAAACCUCAUCCACGCCGUCCACUUCAGUAUAGAAAACACAAUUCAUCCGCCGUCCGAUCUCUUACAGAGAAAUCACACAGAUAGUCAAUUAUAUUCGUCCGAUCCCGACUCCACGCUAUAUAUAGACCUCAACCUUAGGCUUUUACAAAUCUUUGGUUCAGAGAGAGAGAGGCAGAAGCUUAGAGAGAUGACCCGUACAAAGCAAACUGCUCGCAGAAACAAAAAGCCUCGCAGGAAGCAACUCGCAACCAAGGCUGCUUUUAAGGAUGACUUGGAGGGUUAUAGAGCCAUGUCGUCCAUCCUUAAGACCCAGUUCGGGAAUAUUAACUUGAUGUUAGAGGCCACCUUUAUGGAGGGCUACCGUGCUGGGUUUGACAAGCUCAAGAGGAUCCUUAAAGAGAAUCACCCAGAGAUUGACGUAUCCAAUUUUGAGGUACACGACUUUCCCAUGCCGCCCGAAGCCUUGAAACAUCUUCCUUCUGCAAACCAAGUUUCAUGUGACUCGCCGGCCAUCUCCCCCCAGCCAUGAUUUUGUCCUUCUCUACUUAUUCUGCGUCUUUGGUAUGAAUUGAAACACUUUUCCUGCCCAUUUCUGAGUUCUUUACGUGUAUAAUGUUUUAAAAAAAUUUUGACUCCACGCCCAACGGGAGCAAGAAGAAGAAGAAUGGCAAGAGUAUGCUUAUGUGUAAUUAUGGGUUUAAAACCAUAUUUUGUGGGUGGCUUGGGUUAGAUGUUAAUUUGGUGAGUGCGAAAUCCAAAAGUUGUUCUUGGUGUUUU